UUCCGACUUUAGACGUUCCUUAUUGUUACUGAUGGAACCAGCAUGCAACUUUCCAUACAUGAAAGCUAGUGAUAGUUCUUUGUGUUGACCAGCAUAAGUCAAUGAAUUGGUUUGGUUUUGGUUUCAAUGGUUUUGGUCAGAUAAGGCCUGCAGAUGUGAGUGGACAGGUAACCUGUAAAGUCAACACACCUGUCCUGAUAUCAGAUGUGUGUAGGUCAUGUGUGGUCAGAUCAGACUGUAGAGCCAGAGCCAGCUGGAGCUCCAGAGCUCGUGUGCAUCAUACAGACUGUGGCAGUCAUGUUUGUGUGUCAGGGUUCGUGUCGGGUUCAUCAGAACAGGUGUGCGGAGACGUUUUCCCAGAGAGUCAGGGAUGCACAGACACUCUCAUCAGUGAAAGAUACCUGACGCUCAACUUCACAGACAGAGUGGAAUGCUGGGAAAUACAGCAGCCACAAAACAAGCUUGUGUGGAAGAGAGAGCAAGACCUCUCUGACCAUACCGGAGAAAUUGCUCCGCUGCCGUUGGUGCCAGGCGGGUAUGUCAUGCCCGGACCUCCUUUUUUCCGUCCGCUCUGCUCUAAACUCUGUGCCGUGAGCCUGGCGUUGGGCACCGAACACGCUGUGCUGCUCACUUCAGACGGGACUGUGUAUUCCUGGGGAUCUGGAAGUCAUGGUCAGCUGGGUCACGGCGGUCUGACGUCACAGGAGGAGCCUCAGGUAGUGGAGGCGCUGUGGGGCGUCCCGAUCCGAGCAGUGUCCGCUGGGAGCUGGCACUCUGCUUCCGUCAGCACUGGUGGGGACCUGUAUAUGUGGGGCUGGAAUGAAAGCGGGCAGCUCGGUCUGCCGUCUAGAGGCCUGGAGGAGGAAAAACGCAGAGCAAAAAGCAGUGGAAACACUGACCAGACCGUAAAUAAAGAUGAAACGAACCAGGCCGAUGUGUUCAUCUCAAUUCAAGCGUUCCCUGCUCUAGUGGACGUCCCUGAUGUGUCAGAGAUCAGCAGGAUCAGCUGUGGAUCCCGUCAUACAGCGGCCGUCACAGGUACAGGAGAUCUAUACACCUGGGGAUGGGGUCAUUAUGGACAGCUGGGACAUUGCACUGAAAAUAGCACAGAUGAGCCGACGCUGGUGGAUCACUUCUCUAGUCACAGAAUGAGUGUUAAGGAUGUUGUGUGUGGGUCAUGGAACACGUUUGUGUCCACUGUGCCAAAAGAACAACCUCCAUCCUGACAGGAACAGGCCCAUUUCAGAGUGUCACAUGAUACAAGGAUGUCAAAGUUGCAGUAUUAGAGUUUAUUAAAUUAGGUACAAAUAUAUGGUCUAAAAUACAGGAUAGAAAGUAGAUUUAUUUAACAGGGAGUAAAAAUGUUUUCAAAUAUAUAAACAGUAGAAAUAUUAUACGAGAGAAUACAUUCACAAUUAGGACGUCAUGUUAUUGACAGAUUAAAGGCGCAGGUGAAAAAUCUGGA